AUGAAGUCGACACUAACGAUGAAGUUAGCUACUGCAACAACAGCGACAAAAAAUAUGACAAAAUCGGCAACAAAGACGUCGGCAACAACAAUGACGUCGACAACAACAACGACGUCGACAACAAAAACACCAAAUAAAUGUUAUUUAUACAGUUACUCUAUAUUUAAAUGUUGUAAUUGUUUCUUAAAUAAUAAAAAUUUUCUUCCCCGAGUUGUAAAAUAUACUAGUCUAAAAUCUAAUAACGCCUGGGUUAGCAAUCAAAUUAAAUCAAGUACACGAAGAAUGAUACAAUUAUGUACACUUUUUAGUGUGAAUGACAAGUUGGUAUCAUUCUCAACAGCAUACUAA